AUGGAUGACGAUUCCCGUUCCAGUGGCAGCUUCGAAGAAAUUGGCCCAAGAGCCUACAAUCGCUUGGGCGCUGAUGAUUACAAGCCAAUUGAAGAGAAGACUAAGGAUCAGCUGAAGUCUCUUGUGGCCAAAUCAACGUCUGACGGAGCUAAAGCGAUCGUUGCCAACAAUGAUGCUCUCGAUGUCGUUUAUACAUUGCAGUAUAAGGAGCGAUACGGUGGCAGGGUUACAGAGCUCUGCCGUAGCACGGACCCGAUUGAUAUCCGCGAUGUAACUGAAAAGCCGCAGGAGGGCAUCACGGACAUCAAUGGACGUUCCAUCCUUGAAAUAAUCACUAGCGUUUCUACCACUUUUGUGGAUAAUAAUCGCAGUGGUAAUCCGCAGCCAAUGUAUAUGGCUCCGCCAGGGUAUGAGGAUGACUUUGACUAUAACUAUCCUCCUCCUCCCAUGCCGAGCCAGAUGUACAAACGGGAGGAGAACGACGACAUCAAGAUCAAGAAUGUUGAGGAGACUGUCAUGGUGAUCAACUCAGCUCCGUUGAUCAAUGCCCUCCAGGCAGUGGUGGAUUACUAUCCAGGCUUGAGCUUCUCUGGUGAUAGCGUCAAGAUCAGCGCUCCUUAUCAUGUCUUGGUCCACCAUCGCCACGCACUGGCGAGCUUCAAGGUGCGACAGCCGGAGACUCAUGAUCAGGAGUAUUCAUUUACGACAGCAAGACACAUCGACGUAUUGCUGAGAUUCCUGGAGCGGACCCUGGGCAAGGAUCUUCGUGACGAGGAGCAACGCAAUAAUCAUGUCGCUGGGCCGAAAACCAUUUUCAAGAACCUCUGGAUGUUAUUUAAGCCGGGAGAUGUGGUAUAUGCAAGACUUGAUGGCAGGUAUUGUCCGUUCGUUAUUAGCCGGUGCUUCGACGGGACCCCAAAGACGAACUGCGAUGAUAGACCCUCUGAUUACAAACUCGAUGUUUGGAAUUUGAGUAUCCUCAGCAAGAGUAUUCGCCGUCUUAUGUAUACAUUUAGCAUUGCUCCUUUCGCUGGCGAGGAUUCCAUCAACAACAUGAAACUCGUCCCCGCUCGGUUCCUCAAAGAAAGUCACGAAAUUGCUCGAGAAAAUAUCAAGCUUGGCAAGAUUGCGUGGGAACUUGCUAUGGAACCGUCAUAUAUGUCCUACGAUGGUGAUCUGUCGAAGAGGGGUCCUAACCAGAACUGGAUUGAUACUCAAAUGAGUACAGGCCAUUUCACUGGUCGGGUUAUUGUCGAUUGCGAGGGCUUCUACCGUUUUUCUGGGGGAGCCAAUCACCAGCCCCCGCGCAUGGGCAGGCCUAGACACCAAGUUGUCCCACCCAAAGAUCCACUGCCCUAUUUCAAACAACGUUGUGGGUGUAUCAAAUGCAGCAGAGACGAAAGCCAAAACAAGCUGCACCGUUUCGCUAAACUUGAGGACCUCCGGCCUGGUGUAAGCCCAGCUCCCGAGAAUGACCUUUGCUAUCUGGUGCUCUCGAAAAUUGUCUCCGGUUUCAUUCUCAGCGAACGCCGAUGGGCUCACUUCCAUAUCAAACAUCUUGGUGAGGUCAAGCAUGACAGGGAAGCCUUCAAAUACCUGGUCCUCGACGAAGAGAUCAAGCUUACUGUCAAAGCACUCAUCGGAAAGUUUUCUAGUGACAACGGCCAGGUCACUCCAUGGCCUAGCGAUUUCGUCAAAAACAAGGGACAAGGUCGAAUCUUCCUCCUGCACGGCAGCCCUGGUGUCGGAAAAACGGCGACUGCCGAAAGCAUUGCUGAACUGGCGCGACGACCUCUACUUGCCCUCACGAGUGGCGAUCUGAGCACCAAUUCCUUGCAUGUAGAGAAGAACCUGGAGUACUUCUUGCAGCUCGGUGAGCGCUUUGGCGCCAUGGUGCUGCUCGAUGAGGCCGACGUAUACCUCGAAUCACGCCGCGCCAAGGACAUUGCGCGGAACGGUCUCGUCUCCAUCUUCCUGCGCGCACUUGAGUACUACCGCGGCGUUCUUUUCCUAACCACCAACCGUGUGCAGACCUUCGACUCGGCCUUCACCUCGCGUAUUCAUGUCGCGUUGCAUUACAAGACUCUCACCGAUGCAGAUCGCGAGAAAAUCUGGCUCAACAGCUUCGAAAGACUUGAGCGCGAUUCAGGUGGAAAGGUCCACGUGUCGGUCGCCACACGCGAGUACGCGUAUGAAAGCGAAGACGUGCAGAGUUUGCGCUUGAACGGCCGCGAGAUCCGGAAUGCUCUGCAGACAACGGUCGCACUCGCCGAGACAGAGGCACUUGAAGACGAUGCAAGUAUAGUUACCGUUUCAGAAAAGCAUCUGCGGGCUGUUGUGAAGAUGAGCCGAGGCUUCAAGAAUUUCCUGCAUCGCCGGCGGGUGAGGAACAAUGACGAGCUUGACGAGGACGACGAAGAUGAUGAUAUUGAAGAGGAAGAUGUCUAUAGCCGUGCCUCCACACCCAACGCCAUCUAUGAUUGA